AUGAACCCUGUGAACGAUUCCAAAGAGUGGCAAGCUGAUGCGUCUUCAGACGCUACGUUGCAAUAUCCCGCUAUGGAUCAUGGCUACCCAAUGGGCGCAGCACCAGUACAUCCUCCAAUCCAUCAACAUCCAUCCUAUCCUCCACAAUCACCCAUGAACCCUGUAUACAAGCCAGAGCACCAACAUCCGGUAACAACACCGCAACCCGACCCGAGAUUAUCCGCAGGCCCUCCACGACCCACUCCUGCAAAGUCCACUGGUACGAUGCCUUCACCUACAAGAACAUACUCGUCACCACCCUAUCCAAGUAUUAGCACCCCACCUGGUUACCGUAAGCGUGGAAGAAGUGACUCUUUGUUUCCUCCAGAAACGGGUCCAUUCUUUAGCUCCACCAAGCCACUUGACAAUCUUUUUGCACUUGAUCGUACAAGCUUGGUAAGCGUACGUAUUCAUUCAAAGAUGGAUCGUGGAUUCUUUCUUGCCGAUAACGAUUGGACAUGCUAUCGACGCAAUUACUUCCAAGUGAGCAGCGCCUUUUCAAUCCAUGGCAUUGGCCAUUAUUAUGCGGAUCAUGAGCCACCAUGUCUUGUACGCAGUGAAGAUGGUUUAUUUUAUCCCGUGCGACGUUUCUUGCUUGGUAUCUCGGCUCGUGUAUCCAACAGUGACAAACGUAUUGAGCUUGUACAACAUACACCAAAACGUGACAAGGGACCACAAACCACCCCACAAGCAAAACCCAUUACACCUGGUGGAAAUCUUAGCAUGAGCUCUGUUGGUGGUGCCAAUCAAAACAUUGUCACCUUUGAACGUAUCCAAUUCAAGACUGCAACAGCCAACAAUGGCAAACGACGUGCAGCUCAGCAAUAUUAUGUAGCUGUGGUUGAGUUGUAUGCUGAAACAGAUCAAGGUGAACAAAUCAAGGUUGCUUCUUGUCAAUCAGCACCUUUGGUUGUACGUGGUCGUAGCCCAGGUCAUUAUACUGAUAGCCAACAAGAACGUAUGCCUGGUGCAGGUCUUGGUGCAGCAACAGCACCUUCACCCUUAUCACCUACGCAUCCUGAAGAUCAUCAUCGAUUUUUCCCUCCUCGUGGUUAUGCUGCUCCACCACCUCCUCCACCUCCAGCUGCUAUGAUGGGUGAAUAUGGAUCGCCUUAUGGUGCACCACCUCCACCACCUCCACCUCAUGCAGCAGCAACAGCAGCUUAUUAUCCAGCACCACCACCUCCACCACCUCACCAUCACCAUCAUCAUCACCAUCCCUAUAUGAAUCCAGGCAUGGUCAUGUCACCUGUGGCUUCACCAACAACGACUCAACCACCACCACUUCCUGCUCCACAAACGCAUCACCAUCAACAUCCACAUUCAUCGCCUUAUCAUCAGCAACAUCAUCCUUACAUGGUUGGUAAUGCUGCACCACCACCACCACCACCAGGCAAUGGUACCAUGCCUUCACCUACACCAGGUGAAUUUGCUGCACCUCAUCCUAUUCAGCAAGAAGAUAAAUUAUCGCAUCCUGCAACACCUACAACGACUGUCAACUAUAUGGAUGCUGUUGCUGCAAAUGAUUGGAAUGCACGAUCGCGUAUGAACUCGGCUGGAUCGUUACCACCUCCACCAACAAGUGCAGCAGCAGCUGCUUAUUUCCAACAUCAUCAGCCAACAGCGGGUACUUUAUCGUCGAAUGCAUCGACCAAUAGUGCGUUUUCUCCCACAACACCUACUACGCCUUAUGUAUCUGGAGCUCGCAAGUAUCCGGAUCAACAACAUCAUCACCCAGCUCAGUCGUCUUAA